AAAAUUACGAAGGAAAUGACUUGUCUUAUGAGUUUUAGCAUGAAGACAUCAAUUAUGAAGUUUUUGUUACUGUAUGUUUGUUUGGCAUGUACAACACACAUUUACGCAGAAGAAGUAGAACUGCCGUUUAUUACUGAGCCACAGAGUAAUAACUGGUCACCUAACACUAGAUAUGUCAAAGUUCCUGAUCAGACUACAUUUCUGUGUAAAGCUCAAGCGAAACCCGCAGCAAAAUAUUACUGGACAUUUAAUGGAACGAAAAUCGUUUCGGACCCAAAAUACGUCGUUGUUGACGAAGACACUGGGACACUUACAACCGGAAGUAGGUUUAGUAAAGAUAACGCUGGCGAUUAUCAAUGCUAUGCUUACAACGAUCAUGGCACGGCUAUGACGUCAGUACUACGGAUAUAUGCUGCAUAUUAUGACCAGUUCAAAGGGGAUCUCAAAACUGUACCAAAAAAAGUGCCAAUUUCUCUCUAUGUGAAAUUGGACUGCACAGAUGUACCCGAAAGCGUCCCAAAUUGGAUUUUUGACUGGAGGAGGGGACCUACUCAAACUGAAAGAGAUCCAAUAAAAUUUGUGGAUUUUAGCAAACCAAAUGAAAGAAUAUUGAUCGACAAAGAAGGUGGUAUCCAUUUCCUGUGGACUGUCGCUACCGACAACUUUUUUUACGGCUGUAUUACAACACACAGCGUGUUUCUCGUGACACUAAGAAGUUCCACCGUAAAUGAGCUGAUCGUGCAACAAGGAACGCAACAUGAGCGAGCACCGGAGCUGAAAUAUGCGUCUAAAGAAGUUGUGGUAUAUGCACAAAAGGAUGCGGAAUUGAUGUGUAUCUUUUCAUACUUUUCGCCGACUGAGAAACUAGUGAUCAAAUGGUUGCACAAUGGUGAGGCAGUGGGAUCUAACAGUCCUAAUAUCACGUUGAAAGCUGUAUCGUUACCUAAUGCGCAGCGUGAUGACUCGGGAGAAUAUCGUUGUGAGGCAUAUCUUGGAACUAAAACUGCAUUCGGAACUGUCAACCUCAAAAUUGUCUCACCGCCGACGUUUCUUCCGGGAAAGUCGUUAGGGUCGAAUUCAUUUCCUGUCGGGAAGGACGCCGUGUUUCAAUGUGGGACAUCUUCGUAUAAAACUUACAGUUUCCCAACAGUUUGGUUUGUAAACGGAGAACCUCUCAUAGGAUGCCCAGAGCGUGAGUUUGAAUGUAAGACACCGCUGCCAAACGGAUAUUCAAGAUGUAUAUCGAGUGAAAAAGUUUGCGACGGUAGCCCAGAUUGUCCCGAUGGAGAGGAAGAAGUUGGUUGCCCAGUCACGUGCCCGGAGUCUCAAGUAAGUUGUUUAGGUCAAUGUAUACCAAGCACGUCGAUCUGCCAGGAAUGUGUGUACCCAAGCUUUCUGUGUCACAAUAAAAUGAAGUGUGUACAAGCUUCCUAUAUCUGUAACGGAAAUAUGGAUUGCCCGGAUGGCUCAGACGAAAUUGCAUGCCCAAAUGGACCAGAUGUCAGAAGAGGGGAAUAUAUUAUAAAAUCGGAUAGGUCGCAGUUAGUUUUGCAGAAUCUAACACUAGAUCAAUCAAGAUGUUUUCAGUGUAUGUCAAGAAACGAAUAUGGUACGACAAUAGGGGAUGGCUGUCUGACAGUAAUAGACAAAAUCACCGUCAUAAAUGGACCAAACAGUACAUACUAUGUUGAGCCAGGAUCAAGAAUUGGUAUAACACUAGAAGUAACGACAGACCCAAAGUGGGAGAAUCAGAUGCAUUAUACGUGGACCUGGUACGAACAGAUAGUGGAUGAAAAUACUGGAGAGACCACUACAGUUUCCAAAUAUCUGCCGACAAAAGACAAGGCUUUUCCCGGUGUUUUCACUAUGACUCAAGAAAAUAGAACCAUAGCGUUCUUGUUCCCGGAAGUAAGGAAAGGUGAAAGAAAGAACAAGGGAAAAAUGCUCUCCCCUUUUUUAAUCAGCUUAUCAACCCGGUUUAUACACAGUGAAUAUUGA